AUGGACAGCGAUGGCGCUCGUCCGAACGGGGACCAGGCUCGACCGGCUCCUCAGCGCACGGAGCAUGCCCCCAGCCACUCAGCCGAUCCUUUUUUCCGUGCCCGCCUCAUCAACAUAGAUCACGUCCUCACGCUCCCUGGCCCGCUCGACCGCACCCAAUGCGCCUUCAACGCCGAAGGACAGCUGCUACGCAAGGUCCCCAUCCUGCGAAUCUUUGGCGCCACGCCGGCGGGCCAGCGAGUAUGCAUCCACGUACACAACGUCUUUCCGUACUGCUACAUCCAAUACAAAGGAUCGCUAGAUCCAGACGAUGUGCUCAGAUACAUCCAUCGCCUCGGCAGAGAGCUCAACGCAGCCAUGGCCGCCUCACUCCGCCGCAACGCUGCCGACCCGGAAGCAAACCAAUUCAUCGCCGCCAUCCACCUCUGCAAAGGCAUCAACUUUUAUGGCUACCAUGUGGGCUACUCGUACUUUCUCAAGAUCUCCUUUGUCGAUCCUUCGCACAGCUACCGCAUCGCAACCAUCCUCGAGUCCGGGGGCGUGAUGAAGACCAUUUUUCAACCAUUCGAGAUUCACAUUCGCUACCAGCUCCAGUUCAUGCUCGACUACAACAUCUUUGGCUGCGACUACCUCGAUCUCGACGAUGUGCGCUUCCGGCUGCCCGUUCCGGAAGGCAGCAUGGUCGCUUCGGACGAACCUUCACCAUCCGACCCUCGAAGCAAGGUCUGGAAUCGCAACACCAUUCCCUACGCGCAUCUGCAGUCCGAGGACGUGCACCGUGCGACGUACUGCGAGAUUGAGGCAGAUAUCAGCGCGCCAUGGAUCAUCAAUAGGCGCAGACUCAGACAACGCCCUCUCCACCAAGACUUUGACGAGCCGAUGCGCGUGUCGCCGGAUCAGAACAUCCUCGUACCGAGCCUAUCCGGGCUCUGGGAGGGUGAAAAAGCGCGUAGGAGCGCUGCAGGACUUCCAGCCUCCAUACCGACCGAGGAUCCUGCGCGCGAUCCGCGUGCAUACGCAGAAGGGGAGUCGCCAGCGUGGAACGCCGAGGACCGCAUGCGUCUGCUGCUCGAGAAGCGCCUCCUCGAUGAAAAGCAGAAGACGCUGCCACGCGAGCGUGUUCCGAAUCACUUCACCGACCGAUCUGGCUUGGACCAGUACAUCAUGACCACCUUCGAUGCAGUCGAAGUCUUUCACCCCUAUCAAGACCAGAUCCACGCGGCCGACCCGUACUCUCAGCGCACGGGGCCCUCGGCUUCCUUCAAGCUGUACGAUCUCGAGCACAUGCUCUCCCAGACUCAGCGCGGAGAGAACGGUACGUCCAGCCAAGAUGACGAGGAGACGGCAGAUCAUUUCGACACCAAGCUCUUCAAAAGUCAAGAGUUCAACCACCGCCUGAUGCAGGCCGAGAAAGAGGAUGUCGCCGGAAUCCAUGACCCGCCCUCGGACCAUGAUGAAGACCCCAAUGAUAUCGACGCGUCCGACCCAGCCGAGGGGCAAGCGGAAGAUCAGGGCCAGUCUCGCGCGUGGAAAAGAAGUGACAGCACCAACUCUGCCACCAGCACGUCGAAUGGCAGCACCUUUGGGAGGAGUCCGUCUUCGACACCCAAGAAACGUCGCCUUGGCAAUCUGCUGGAUGGAGAUGCGACCCCAAAAUCUUCAAACUCUGCAACCGGCCCCAACGAGCUGUUCGCCGAAGAUGUGCGCAGGUUCAAGCUGGCGAAACGGGAAAGAUCGACCAGCAAAACCAAUGACACCUACUCUACUGCGUCGCAUGCAGGCGAACGCUCUCGUGUGCGCUUCGCAGACCCAGGGACCGCGCUGCCACCGAGCCAGGAACCUGACUCUGCCAAUUCUCAACAGCAAACGAACGGCUCCUCACUUGCGAUCACGAACAAAUCGUCGCCUCAGUCGAACUCUCGCAAGCGCCUCUUCGCUUUCCACGAGCCAAGUCCUUCGACUCGCACAGUCGUCGAGACUUUCUCGCUGUUUUCAGUCUCAAGGACAAUCCACCUCGAACCUUUCUUCAGCGACCCGCAGGACUUGCCCGCACGACCACGCGAAUAUGCCGACCGCAUGUUUCAAUUCCAGUCACGGACGCUACCGUUCCUGCGACCAUUCGAGCACUGGCACAAGUCGUCCAAAGACGAUGCUCCAGAACAGGCCAUCCCGCGAAGGCGGUUCUGGCAAUUCGGUCCGCCACCGCCGACCAUGCUCGAGGCACGUGCGUGGCGGCAGAAGGAAAAGAUCGUCGAAAAGCAGCGCUCAAAGAACCGACGCGCCAGGCUGCUCUCUCAGAUUGAGCGAAACACACAGUCGAGCGACUACGGUUUCAAGAUCUCGCAGCACAAGGCGACAACGCUGGUGGUGCGCGACAAGCAGCACAUGACGACGCUCGCCGUCGAGGUGCUCACCAUCACGCGUGCCGGUCUCUUUCCCGACCCGGCUUUCGACGCGAUUCAAGCGGUCAUCUACUCGUUUCAGAACGAGGACGAAAAUCUGCAGGAUACAGGCAGUCGACCGGACCUCCGGACGGGGCUCAUUCUGGUUGCCAACGAGGGGUUCCGUGCUGAGCGCCUCGGGCUGUCGCAUCUGGCGGUCGAGGUGGUCGAGGACGAGCUGGACCUAUUCAAUGCGCUGAUCGAUCUGAUGCGUGCAUUCGAUCCCGAACUUCUCGUCGGAUGGGAGAUCCAUUCUUCAUCGUGGGGAUACAUCAUCGAGCGAGCGAGCAAGGAGUUCGAGUUUGACCUCGUGCCGCAGUUCGGGCGCUCCAUCGUUCACAACACAGGCCGCGCAGGCGGCAAAUCGGACAGUUACGCCUACACCCAGUCGUCGGCACUGCGCAUCACCGGCCGCCACACGCUCAAUCUAUGGCGGCUCAUGAAGGGCGAGCUUACGCUCAACCUGUACACGCUCGAGAACGUGUGCUACCACCUACUGCAUCGGCGGGUGCCCAAGUUUUCGCACCAGACGCUCACCGAGUGGUACACGUCCGGUCGCGCCGAACUCGUGCGCAGGGCACUGCUGUACUACGUCGAGAUGGUCGAGCUGGAACUUGAGAUCAUCGCCGAGUCCGAGUUCGUGCUGCGCACCGCCGAGUUCGCCCGAAUCUACGGCAUCGAUUUCUUCUCGGUCAUCUCGCGCGGCAGUCAGUUCAAGGUGGAGAGCAUCAUGCUGCGCAUUGCCAAGCCGGAGAACUUUGUGCUCAUCUCGCCCAGCCGGGCGCAGGUGGGCAAGCAGAAUGCCGCCGAAUGUCUGCCGCUCAUCAUGGAGCCGCAGUCGGCGUUCUACAAGGGCCCGCUCAUCGUGCUCGAUUUUCAGUCGCUCUACCCGUCCAUCAUGAUCGCCUACAAUCUGUGCUACUCCACCUGCCUCGGCCGCGUUGCGGGAUUCAAAGGCACAAGCAAGCUGGGCGUCACCGAGUAUGCGCCCCCCAAGGGACUGCUCAGUUUGUUACAGGACGACGUGAACAUCUCGAGCAAUGGGCUGCUGUUCGUCAAGCCGCGCGUGCGCAGGUCGCUGCUGGCCAAGAUGCUCUCCGAGAUCCUCGACACGCGCGUGAUGGUCAAGGCGUCCAUGAAGGGGACGAAAGCCGACAAAUCCUUCCAGCGCAUUCAAAAUGCGAGGCAGCUGUCGCUCAAGCUGCUCGCCAACGUCACCUACGGCUAUACCUCUGCGAGCUUCUCGGGUCGCAUGCCGUGCGUGGAAAUCGCCGACGCCAUCGUCCAGACUGGCCGCGAGACGCUGGAAAAAGCGAUGGACCUCAUCAACGGCACCGAAGAGUGGGGUGCACAGGUAGUGUAUGGCGACACGGACUCGCUGUUCGUCUACCUGCCCGGGCGCACCAAAGAAGAGGCGUUUCGACUGGGUCACCUGAUCGCGGACAAAGUUACGAGUCUCAACCCGCGGCCGGUGAAGCUCAAGUUUGAAAAGGUGUACCUGCCGUCGGUGCUCCUGGCAAAGAAGCGGUACGUGGGGUUCAAGUACGAGACGCUGGAUGAGCGCGAGCCCGGCUUCGACGCCAAGGGUAUCGAGACAGUGCGGCGAGAUUUUCAUCCCGCGAUCCAGCGCAUGCUCGAGGCGUGCAUCCGUCUGCUCUUCCGCACGCGCGAUCUGUCGCGCGUCAAGAGCUACCUGCAGCGUCAGUGGCGCAAGAUCCUCGAGGGCCGCGUGAGUCCGCAGGACUUCAUCUUUGCCAAGGAGGUCCGGCUUGGGUCGUAUAGCGACAAGGUGGCUCCGCCCCCUGGAGCGGCCGUGUCGUCGCGCCGCAUGCUGGCCGAUCCGCGAUCCGAGCCACAGUACGGCGAACGGGUACCGUACAUCAUCUCGCAAGGCGAGCCACGGGCCAAGUUGAACCAGCAGGCUGUAUCUCCCGAGGCGUUUCUGAAGAAUCCGCAGUUGCAGAUCAAUGCGCUCUACUACAUUACACGCACCAUCAUUCCGCCGCUCGCGCGCGUGUUCAACCUGCUCGGUGCCGACGUCGAGGCGUGGUUCCACGAGAUGCCCAAACCCACCAACGCCUACUGGAACAAACGACCCACCGCGGCCCUCCUUGCUGCUAUCACAUCCUCCGACUCCGCCCCGACCGAUACAGCCGGACCAAGUACGGUGGGCAAUGCCACGCUCAACUCGCACUAUGCGACGGAAACCUGUCUGCUCUGCUCGACACGCACCGAGGCAUUGAUCUGCGCCGACUGCCGCCAAACCCCCACCGCCUCGCUGCAUGCCGUCGCCACCAAGCUGCACAAUCUCCAGGCCCAAACACGCGCCGUGGACCGCAUCUGCUCCACAUGUGCCCACUUCGAACGCUCCACCUCCGUCGAAUGCGUCUCCCUAGACUGCCCCUACACGUAUCAAAAGACCAAGCUCAACAAGAACCUCGAGGAUACCGCGCUCAUCCACACCUACCUCGGCCGCUUGUUCGACUCGGACCCGCAACGACAGGCUCAAGUCCAGGACGCCUGGAGAUGCGACCCCGAUCCCGACGCCACCAUCUGA